UUAAAGCCUGACGAGUGACUCGUGAUGAUGUCGUAUAGUAGUCGUUGAUCGCUGCUCCUCGAGACUGCUCUUUUCUCUCCGUCUGUGCCGUUGUAAAAACUUGUUGAUUCUCGCUCGUAUCAAAUAUAAACAGCCUUCUAAUACACUGGGCUGGCUGCGUUUUUUUCUGAAUUCUCCGUGAGCACCGUCUCUAUUUCUCCUCGCAAGGAAAUACAGAAAAGUAGAGGAAAAUGUCGGCGUCGAAUAAGACGUCGCUGAUACCGCUGCUCGGGGCGUUGCUGACCCUCCUGGUUCUGGCCGAUGCUGUUCCUUACUCCAAAUAUGGCCGCAGUUGCCGAGACAUUGGUUGCCGCUCCGAUGAGGUAUGUGUCAUGGCCGAGGACCCGUGCGGCUCUUACACACAGCGCGACUCCUGUGGACGUUAUCCGACUUGCCAGAGAUCUAAUUCGGGAGGCGAGAGCUGCACAACUAAACUCUGCCCCUCAGGCACAUACUGUAAGACGGAAAACGGAAGGCCAACUUGUGUGAAUACUACUCCGGGAUUAGGUGAUGGAAUGUUUUCAGAGAAUGAAAAUACAGAGAACAAAGAUAUGAAUAGACGCGAGGAGGAGUCUCAAAAGCCUAUCGAGAGCGGAAACAACAGCGGUUAUCCAGGAGGAAUAAUUUAUCCCGAUCAGACAUCUUCAAAACCACCGUCGGCCUCUUAUCCCGAUUAUCCUAAGGCUCCGUCAAGCGGUGUCGGAUAUCCCGAGCUUCCAAAGCCCUCCGCACCAUCGGCCGGUUCUGGUUAUCCCGAUUAUCCUAAACCCUCCGCACCAUCGGCCGGUUCUGGUUAUCCUGACUAUCCAAAAGCCUCAGUACCCUCGGGUAACCCUACGAGCGGCACUGGAUACCCGGCCUAUCCCUCGGCAGGUUCAGGAUAUCCUAGUUAUCCAUCGUCGAGCUCCGGUUACCCUGGAUACGGCGAUAAUAACAAGGCUAGCUCUCCUUUGAACACGGCUGGUAAUGUACCUAACAAUCCGGGUAUGGUUGGCUACCCAUCACCCAAUCAAGGCUAUCCAGGUUACCAAAAUCCUUAUGCAAAUUAUCCAUCGCCACCUCAAGGACAACCGCCAUAUCAAGGGGCUUACAAUCCUAACUAUCCACCACCACCUCAAGGCAACUAUCCUUAUCAAGGAGGAUACAAUCCGUAUGCCACCGAGCCAACUACAACGAAAAAACCAAGCUUUAGUUCUCAGUUGACGAAUUUUGCUAAAAAUUUUGCCAAACAGAUCCUUACACAAGCCAUCGUAGACAAAGUGGCGAGGAGCUAAUCAUUGAAUGGCAGAGGGUUUAUUGCAGAAGUUUUAUUCCAUGACAUAAUUUUAAUUGAAGACGUGAAAUUUUGAUACAACGCGAUCAUUGAUAAACGAGUAAUGUAUAAUUUCUGCACAGUUCAAAUAAAAAAUUGUUGAUAGAAUAAUACAAGAAAAUAAAAAAGUAAGAAUAAAACGA